AUGAAAAUCACAGCCGGGGCGGCCGCGCUCGCACCCGCCCUCGUCCUCGCGUCACCUCGCGCAGGCCUCGAUGCUCGCCCCGACGCCCUGUCCUCGCGGAAUUCGCAGGCACACGAGCACAGCUUAGCAUCGCGCGACCCGAACAUUAUAAACUCGUGCGACCCUCUGACGCUGGAUUCCACAUUUUUCAGCACUGUCGUUACUCAAUGCGCCAACGCCAAAAGUUAUUAUCGUAAGACGCAAAUCGAUCUCAAUAACUGCAUCGCGAAUUUCGAGGGCCAGCUCGUUAAAGCCAGGCACGGGGAAUUUUAUAGGAGCUGUUAUGUAUACACAUGCUCCCUAGACGGCUAUAUGUAUUCCUGCAUGUGUAGAACUUCUGAUCGCGGUGCAAAGACAUCUUCUAUUGACUUGAGCAAAGUUUUAUACAACUACUGGGGUAAACUGGGUUGCUAG